AAGCAUAGCAAAGGCAAAGUAAAGCAGAGUAGAGCUCCACCAUAUUUGGUUACACUCUUACUAAAUUUAGCAGAGCCCUUCAUCUUCCGUAUCACACUUCCAUACUUGGUAACACAGAUCUAACACCAACACACACCAAAACAACAACAAAUACCCGUAAUUGCUUUUUAUUGUCACAUUUAAUCACAUUUCUUCUAAUCUAUGCCUCGUCCACCAAACUAUGAGUUUCAAGAAUGGUGGAACAAGCAAAGAGACAAUGGUCAAGAACUCUUGCAAGAUAAGUCUGAUGUCUCCAAUCCUACCACCCCCUUCUUUGCCGUUGAAAUCGGCUCCCCUAACUCCGAUCCGACUGUCGAGAAGGAAGUUAGGACUCGGAGCGCUCGACAACUCUCGGGGAUCUAUCUCAUUAAAUUCCAGCAAAUCGGUAACUCCCUCGCCUGGAUCACAAACUCCUUAAUUUAUCUCCUUCGCACCGCCAAUAGAAGAAUCAAAUCCUCCGAUUCUGCACCGUCGGAUUCAGCACACUCGAAGCUGUACCGUGUAAUAAAAGUGUUCUUGAUUGUAGUUAUUCUAUUACUCUGUUUCGAAUUAGCUGCGUAUUUUAAGGGAUGGCAUUUCAGUCCGCCGUCUGUGGGGUCCGCCGAGCUAAUGGUGGAGUUGCUGUACGCCAAAUGGUUGGAGAUUAGAGCCGAUUAUUUAGGGCCACCGUUAAAGGGUUUGUCCAACAUGUGUAUUGUAUUGUUUUUGGUACAGUCGGUGGAUCGUGUGGCAUUGGUGUUGGGAUGUCUUUGGAUCAAGUUAAAGAGACUGAAACCGACGGCUGUGAUGGAGUAUCCGGUUGGAGAUGUUGAGGGAGAGAAUGUAGAGGAUUAUCCCAUGGUUUUGUUGCAGAUUCCUAUGUGCAAUGAGAGGGAGGUUUAUCAACAAUCCAUUGCUGCAGUUUGUAUCCAGGACUGGCCAAGGGAGAGAAUGCUCAUACAGGUUCUUGAUGAUUCUGAUGAUUUAGAUGUGCAGCACCUUCUCAAGGCAGAAGUACAGAAAUGGCAACAAAGGGGUGUUCGGAUUUUAUAUAGGCACCGUCUUAUAAGAACAGGCUAUAAGGCAGGGAAUCUCAAAUCUGCAAUGGGCUGUGAUUAUGUAAAAGAUUAUGAAUUUGUGGCAAUCUUUGAUGCAGAUUUUCAGCCAGGACCAGAUUUCUUGAAGAAAACCAUUCCUUAUUUCAAGGGGAAUGAUGAUAUAGCAUUGGUCCAAACAAGGUGGGCUUUUGUAAACAAGGACGAGAACCUGCUUACAAGGUUGCAGAACAUAAACUUAUCAUUCCAUUUUGAGGUUGAACAGCAGGUCAAUGGUAUCUUCAUCAAUUUUUUUGGUUUCAAUGGAACUGCUGGUGUAUGGAGAAUUAGAGCCCUUGAGGAAUGUGGUGGUUGGUUGGAACGAACAACUGUGGAGGACAUGGAUAUUGCUGUUCGUGCUCAUCUUUGUGGAUGGAAAUUUGUAUAUCUAAAUGAUGUCAAAUCCCUUUGUGAGCUUCCAGAAUCCUAUGAGGCAUACAAGAAACAGCAAUACCGCUGGCAUUCAGGUCCGAUGCAGUUGUUCCGGUUGUGCUUUGUUGAUAUACUCCGUUCAAAGGUGAGUUGGACCAAGAAAGCUAAUUUGAUCUUUCUUUUCUUUCUCCUGCGGAAGCUUAUCUUGCCCUUCUAUUCAUUCACUCUCUUCUGCAUCAUACUUCCACUGACCAUGUUCAUACCAGAAGCUGAAUUACCUGCUUGGGUUGUUUCUUAUGUGCCUGGAAUCAUGUCUAUCUUAAAUAUCCUUCCAGCACCACGGUCAUUCCCUUUUAUUGUCCCUUACCUUCUAUUCGAAAAUACCAUGUCAGUUACCAAGUUCAACGCCAUGAUAUCAGGAUUGUUUCGUUUUGGAAGUUCUUAUGAGUGGAUAGUUACUAAAAAGUUGGGAAGAUCAUCAGAAGCAGACCUUGUUGCUUUCGCUGAAAAGGAAUCUGAAACUCUAGUAGAUUCCAGUAGUCUCCUUAGGUCCUCCUCAGAAUCAGGCCUUGAUGAGCUGAACAAACUAGAGAUAACCAAGAAAGCUGGAGUAAAAAAGAGAAAUCGUUUGUAUAGGAAGGAACUUGCUCUUGCAUUUAUUUUAUUAACUGCUUCGGUGCGAAGCUUGUUAUCUGCUCAAGGAAUUCACUUCUACUUCCUAUUAUUUCAAGGUAUCACUUUCCUUGUUGUUGGUCUUGAUUUGAUUGGAGAGCAGGUAAGUUGACCCUUCGACUAGUCAAGUAGUGUUGAAAGCCCAUAACAUAACUUGGAACGCCCGGAGAUACUGCCUCAGAUUUGAAAUUCAUUUCAAUGUUGAUCCUGAUUUGAUAGGCUAUCAAGGAAAAUCUCACCCGCCAUUAGAGGUCUGGGCUCUUGAUUUGAUUGUUUUAGUUGGCACUAUCUAUCAUUUUGAUUGGCCGUUGGUUAAGGUAAAUUUGACUCACAAUUGCUGAAGAUAAGAAAGAGACCUCGAGAACUAGUGAGGGAGAAUGGAUUCUUCUACCCGGCUGAUUUGUUUAGUUCAUACUCUGUAUACUUUCUUGCCUGUGUGGACUGAGGCAAGCAUUGUCAAAUUAUUACAUUUUCAUUCUUUAUUAUCAUUGUUUUCAGAUUGUGUGCGAUUACUUGCACUAUUUUAUCCAGUGUUAAUUUAAUUGAUGUUCCCAUAGAAGUGG